AUGCUGGAUAUUUACCAAUGUUCCGAUAACAGCGUGAUAUGCAACACCAGCGAACAGCUGUCUCUGGGGAGUCUGAACGAACAGAAAACGUUCAGCUCAAACCAGUCUUCAGGAUCGAAUAUCCAGUACACGCCCAGUGUCAGCUCGGCGCCUCCCUACCAUUGCAUAGAAAACUCCGAACGCCUCAGUUUGUCUGAUCUCAGCCUGAGCGAGGUAAUGGAAAGUUCCGAGAACCUGACCACCAGUCAAACGUCCGUCAGCUUUCCUGCGAGCGCGUCGAAAAAUAGUCUCAGUCCGAACGUGAGCCCUACUCAAGUGUACGAUCGUUCCGCAGAAGAUCUGUUGAAUACCGACAACAAACUUACCAGUGAUGGACUGUCGACGGAUAACUUGUCGCUGGAUCCGGACGUUUGGAAUGAGGACAGACCGAGCGGCGUUAACCUGAUCGAUUUCAGUCCGGUGGAAACGAAAGCAGAGGUUUGCACAAUCAUAAUUAACAUCGCGUGA